AUGAGAAAUGCCUUCCAACCUACUGGAACGAAGAAUGGCAAGCAGGACCGUUCCUGGCGCCGAUUGAGCGAGGUGCAGACUACCCAGAAGAUGGCUACUACAAAGGUGAAAUCUCCAGUGCUGCGAAGGUUCUCCAGGUUCCAGCUGGGAAGAGUGCCUAUCUCGAUGUUGAGGCAAAAGAGGGAACGCAUCUCUCGUGGGAACUUCAUGCCAACGGGCACUUUGCAUUCACGAUCUACGAGGUGA